AUGCUAUCAGUAAAGGGAUCUAGGGUAGUGCCAAGUUCUAAACCUACAUUGAUAUGUACGGUUUGGACCGGAAAACUAUAUAAUCCAGAAGGUUUUAAGGCUCAUAUGAAAGGCAUUUGGAAGACAAGGAAAAAGUUAGUGAUCCAGGUGGUGGGUCAAAAUCUAUUCACGAUAGUCUUUGAGUUAGCAGAUGAUUUGGAGUUGAUUUUGGAGGGUAGGCCUUGGCUUUUCCGUAAAAGUGUUAUUCUAUUUGAUAGAUUAAGUCAGGCGAUGGAUAGAGAUCAAAUUAGGCUUACUUUAUCACCAUUUUGGAUGAAAAUUGAUUCUAAUUUUCCAGAAUUUGAUAAGAAAGAUUUAUUGCAUGCAAUUGGUGUCUCGUUUGGUGGGGUUCUCAGAUAUGAAAUUAAUGAAGAUUUUUGUCGGCUCAGAGUUAACUUGGAUGUCCAAAGACCACUCCGAAGAGGUAUUUUUGUUUCUAUGGAUGCUGUUAAUAAAGUGUGGGUCCCUUUUAAGUAUGGAAAUUUGCCGAUGUUCUGCUUUGGAUGUGGAAGAAUGGGGCAUGGGCUGAGUAAUUGUAUCCAGUUACCACCUGAAAGAAAAAGCAAAAUCAGCGAGAAUCCUCCUUUUUUGCUAGCUUUAAAAGCAGAAUCAAAACUGUAA